GAUGAAACGAGAUAAAGCCCAGCAAAAAGAGGAAAAGGGAUUGCACUUGGAUCAUUGAUUCGGGUGCCUCUUGUCAUCUCACACCUCAUCGGAAGUUCUUCUCAUCUUACACUAGCGGUGACUUUGGCUAUGUCAAGAUGGGGAAGGGUGACAAAUCAUCUAGGAUUAUUGGGAUGGGCACUGUUUGUUUGAAGACUAACACUGGUUGCGGGUUGACCCUCAGAGAUGUCAGACAUGUUCCUGAGUUUCAGUUCAACCUUAUUUCUGCUAAAAGACUUGACGGAGAUGGUUAUGUUAGCCGCCUUAGUGAAGGAAAAGGAGAUCAGAGCACUGCUCCCCCUACGGAUUUAUCACACAAGAGGCUUGGUCACAUGAUUGAGAGUUGUCAGAAUACCCUCCCUGAAGGUGGUAUUCCUUUUCUUUCCAUACAUUCAGAUCAUGGGGGAGAAGAUGGAGAACAAUGUUGUGGUGAUGAUGUUGCUCAUGACGGCGAUGUACUUGAGCCACCUCAUUCCGAGAAUGGAGUUCUGCCACCGAGGGUUCCUCAAAUUGCUAUAUUUGAGAGAGAUUGCUACCGCGAAGAAGUGAAGAAGGUGCAUUGACGAGAGUGGGUUCAAGCCAAGCAAGAUGGAGUUAUAUCCUUUCUUGAUGGACGUGGUCAUUCCUUGGAAAAGUUGCAUGGAAGCAAGCGAGCACCCAAGAGCAAUGGGGUGUUCAAGUUGAAGAGAAGAGAGCGUUGCUCACAACAUAUGGACUUGGCGCAGUUGGUUGUGAAAGGUUUGUUUGAUAUUUAUCAUAUUUGAGUUUUACCCCCCAUGUAGGAGUGUGGGGGAGAUUUGUUGGGGUAUCCCUCCUACAUGGAGAAAGGAGUUCCUAAACAAUACAUUUAGUGUUAAAAU